GGUUAAUGAAAAUCAUAAAUACCACAAAAAAGCUUUACUUCCCCUCUUUUUCACGUCAAAGAAGAAACGACCGACUCGACUGAGAAAAACAGAUACCCAAAUCCACGCUUUCACUUCCCUUCCCUUUCCUCUUCUUUUUUGGGCCUGAAUUGGGGGGAGCGCGGACGGAGAAAUUGGGGUGGGAAUUUCUUGAUUGCAGAAAGAUAGAUGUCGCAACCACGCCGGUCGUCGUUUUCUGCAUCCACAACGUCGUCUUUGGCGAAGCGGCAUGCUUCGUCGGAGAAUGCAGGGAAGACGGCGGUGUUUGCCGCCUCCGCUGCUCCUGCUUCGCACUUGGCCAGGAAACGGGCGCCUCUCGGUGAUAUCACUAACAAUUCGAGAAAUGCUGCGCAGAAAGGCUCGAGAACCGCUCUCCCGUCGUCGACUCUGGGUCAGAGCGCUGCUAAAAUUGCCAAAUUCAAGAAAGGUCCAACUCCUGCUUCCAAUAACAGCAACAGCCACGGCAACACUGCAUUGUCUGGAAGUUUCAUACCGGCAGUGGUGAAACCGACUGAGAUUGAGGUCAAAUCUGCACGAAGAAGCCAUGAAGUUGUCUCGAGCAAUGUCAAGCUUCCUGCUUCCUGUGAGACGAAUGUGUCUCCAACUAAAACAGAUGAAGCAUCAAUGUCCUUGGAUGAAACCAUGUCCACCUGUGAUUCCUUCAAGAGCCCUGAUGUUGAGUACUUGGACAACAAUGACUUGCAUGAGAUUGAUUCUAUCAACAAGAAGGCAUUGAACAAGCUCUAUAUUACUGAUAACGAAGUAGCAGCAGAAAAUGUGUGUAACAGAGAUGGAUUUGGUGCCAUUGAUAUGGAUACAGAUGACAAGGUUCUAGACCUGGAUACCAAUUUUGAGGAUCCUCAGCUUUGUGCCACUAUUGCUUGUGAUAUUUACAAGCACUUGCGAGCUUCUGAGACUAAGAAAAGACCAGCAACAGAUUUCAUGGAAAAAACUCAGAAGGAUAUAAAUGCCAGUAUGCGUGCUAUAUUGAUAGAUUGGCUCGUGGAGGUUGCAGAAGAGUACAGACUUGUGCCAGAUACCUUGUAUCUGACCGUUAACUACAUUGAUCGAUAUCUCUCUGGCAAUGUGAUGAACAAGCAAAGAUUGCAAUUGCUUGGUGUUGCCUCCAUGAUGAUUGCUGCAAAAUAUGAGGAAAUAUGUGCACCCCAGGUAGAGGAGUUCUGCUACAUUACAGACAAUACAUACUUCAAGGAUGAGGUUUUAGAAAUGGAAUCAGCAGUUUUGAAUUACUUGAAGUUUGAAAUGACAGCCCCAACAGCCAAAUGUUUCUUAAGACGAUUUGUGAGAGCUGCUCAAGGAAUCGAUGAGGUACCAUCAAUGCAGUUGGAAUGCUUAGCAAAUUACAUCAGUGAACUAUCUCUGCUGGAGUACAACAUGCUUUGCUACCCUCCAUCAGUUGUUGCAGCUUCUGCCAUUUUCUUGGCCAAGUUCAUACUUUUCCCUUCAAAGAGACCAUGGAAUUCCACAUUGCAACAUUACACACUCUAUCAGCCUAGUGAUCUACAGGACUGCGUAAAGGAUCUUCACCGCCUGUGUUGCAGCACUUACGACUCCACGUUACCUGCAAUCAGAGAAAAGUACAGCCAGCAUAAGUACAAGUUUGUAGCCAAGAAAUUCUGCCCUCCUCAAGUACCAGAGGAAUACUUCCACAAGCAAAGCUCAUAGGCAGAUGGACGAACAGAGUAUUGAUCUGAUCUCGAUUACUAACUCAUCUCAUCAACCAAGCAGCAAUGGCAGUAUUCAUCCAGACAAACCAGAAAAUGGCUUGUGAGGGAGUAAAAAAUCUUCAACAGCGAUUCCACCAUCAAUCUUGAGCAGUCUUCUCUACUACUAGUGAUGGCAGUAUCCUUCCAAUUCUCCGUUGGAAGAAGCUCUUCUUUCUGUCCAUCUGCCCCCUGUAUGUUUGAUUGUAGUUUAGCAGUAACAAAUGGUAUUAGCAGUUGAUGUAGCAGUUGUAGCCUCAGGCCCUCAGCUCUUUGUAUGAUAUCUCCUCCAUCUCCCAUGCUAUUUGACCAUUUGUUUGUAUCUUUUGUAGAUCAGAAUUUUUCCUUUGGACAAAUAAUCAAGUUUUUGUGAGUGCAGAAAUUCCAUUGGGAGAUCAAAUCCCAUUGGGAGAUCAAAUCAGAAAUUUUCCUUCGGACCAUUUUUCUGUCGAUUUCAUUGGGAGAAAAAUCAGUGAAACUAAAUAAUCAUAUAAUAGUAAAACUCUUUAAAAAUAGAGUUAUACCUUAUUCUUAUUCUGGUCCGAACUAUGACCAUAUAAACAACUUUGGCCCGUGGUUUGAGAAAUCACAAAUUUGCACUUUGUGACAACAAUAGCCAAUUUUUGAAAACAUAUAGACUCAAUUGGACGGUCAACACCGUUGACUAAACGUUCAAAGGUACAUGUCAUCAUAGAAAAUAGUAAAUAAUUAAAAUUAAAUAAUUAAUUACAAAAGUAUUUACAGAUAUAUAAUUAUUAAAUAAAAAUAGUUAUCUUCUCCCUUUCUCCUCACUCAUGCUCCUCCUUCGGCGGCGGAAUCGUGGAACGGAUUUCGACUUCAGGCUAAACAUCGCCGUCGGGUAACCCAUCUCCCAGAUCCAAUCGGCGCCAUAACUCCUCUGCCACAACGAAGAGCAAGAACAACGAAAUCAACAUCAACGCCUCUGCUCGCUCUCACUCAAUCUCUCUCUCAUCUCUAGUAAAUAUCAGGGGAACAUGGAACAACAGUAGUAAAAUAUCCAGAAAUUGGGGCAUGAACAGAAACACAAGGAGCAAAUGGAGUAGCAGUAAAAUACCCAGAGUGUGGUGCAUGAACAGAAACAUAACUCUUCCCCCAAUUUCUUAAUUAUAUAUACUUUUCUUGAUUAGAUCUACUAGCCGGUCAUCAUCCAUUACCGCAUGAGGAAGGAAGAUAAGUGGUCGGAGAGGACAAGACGACGACUUUCUAAAGAAUCCGGUGCAUCCUUCUUCGGUUUCCGUCUCCCUCAGCAAUAACCCCGACAUCCGUAUGCGAAACAGAGGCCCGAGCAUCUUCGAUUUUCUUAGGCUGACGGAUCUCGCGAGCUGUACGACAAUCUCUUUCGGGGUCAAGAGGAACCAGUAUCAGCAACAAGAGGCCCGCCGCCGGGCCCAAGAAGAGGAGAUCGAGCGGUAGUGCAAUCGAAUGAGGAGGAGGAUGGUGGAGGAAGAAGAAACUUGUCGUCGAGAUGCGAUAGCGCCGCGAAGUUUCUUCAAUUCCUUCGGAGAAAAAGAUGAACCGGAGGAGACAGAUUGGAGAUAAAAUCUACUUUUUAUCUUUUCAUUUUAUUUUAUCAAAUUGUUAACUUUUUAUUAAUUUUGUU